AUGGGUGUUCUGGUACACAUGUUGACUUUGUGCCUAGGAAAGGGGAAAACAGAGGAGAUGUUGGAGAUGAUGGGAUGGAAUUGGAGGUGGGAAGUGAAGCUACUACCCCCUUUUGAUGUGUUCUCAACCCUUUAUCAUCUGUUAUCUAUGAAUAUAAUAGUGUGGAAUUGUAGGGGCGCUUUGAAGCCCAACUUUCAGAGUCGUGUUAGGGAGCUUGUGAGGAAUCAUAAUCUUGGUAUAAUGGUGGUCAUGGAAACCCAUAUUGGGAGAGACAAAGCUAAGGAGAUAACUGACCGUUUGACUUUUGACGGUGCUAUUCACACGAAGACGAUGGGCUUUGCUGGUGGCAUUUGGCUACUUUGGAAUUCAAAUAGGGUGGAGGUUGUCCAGCUCACUAACACGAAGCAAGAGGUUCACGUGGAAGUCAAGGUUAUAGCUGGGGAUUUUAAUGAACUCCUCAUCGAUGAGGAUAAAUUCGGGGGAAGGCCGGUUAGCAUGGCCAGAUCCCUUCUCUUUAAGGAGUGUCUUGAUAAGUGUAAUAUGGUGGACAUGGGGUUCAGUGAGCCAAAAUAUACUUGGACUAACAGAAGGGAGACCUCAACAGAUGGUGUUCAAAGGGUUUUGUCUUCGGACCCUUCUGCAUCUCUAGUAAGCCUUGAGAAUCAUCUUAUCAAAGAGUUGGAUGUUGUUUUGGGGCAAGAAAAGGAUCUGUGGGCGCUUAAAUCUAGAAUAAACUUGAUGGUCUUGGGGGAUAGGAAUACUUCUUUCUACCAUGUAUCUGUGAUUGCCCGAAGGAAGCAUAAUCUCAUUACUGCAAUUAAGAAUGAAGUAGGGGACUGGUUAACUGAGGAGAGGGAAGUUGCUGCCCAUAUCAGGGAGGGUUUCAUGAAACUUUAUAGCACCAGCCAGGAGGCAGCAAUUGGAGAUAUAAAGCUUAAUCAAAACUGGCAAGUUAAACUUACAGAUGUUGAGAAGGAAAGCAUAAGCCAUAUGGUGACAGAUGAGGAAAUAUUCACAGUUAUCUGGUCUCUUAAAGCUUUUAAAGCCCCUGGGCCUGAUGGGUUACAUGCCGGGUUCUUUCAAAUGUUUUGGCACUUAGUGGGAGGAUCGGUCAGAGAAGAAGUGAAGUCUGUGUUUAGGGAAAGAAACAGUCCGGACUACUUGAAUAAAACCAAUAUUGUACUCAUUCCGAAGAAUCAAGGGCCUGAAUCCAUUAGCAACUUCAGACCCAUUAGCCUUUGUAACUCGGUUUACAAGAUUGUUUCCAAAAUCAUAGUUAGCAGAAUCAGACCGUUUCUGGAUCAGCUUAUUUAUCCGACUCAAGCGGCCUUUGUGCCAGGAAGAAGGUGGGUGGAUAAUGCAAUCGUUGUUCAGGAGAUAAUUCAUACUAUGGGGAAAGCUAAGGGAAAUGUGGGAUAUAUGGCGUUCAAGAUUGAUUUAGAAAAGACCUAUGACAAACUUGAAUGGAGCUUCAUAAAGAGUAUGCUGAGUAGAUUCAAUUUCCCGGAAAAUCUUAUCGAGCUUAUGAUGAGUUGCAUAUCAUCAGUAUCUACAUCUAUUUUGUUUAAUGGAGGAAGCCUUGAUUCCUUUCUGCCUACCAGAGGCAUAAGGCAGGGGAUCCAUUGUCCCCUUACACAUUCAUCUUCUGCAUGGAGCUAUUGGGCCAACUUAUUCAAGAAAAAUGUGAAGCUAAAGUUUGGUGUCCGUCUAUUCGAGCAAUCAGUGAGUGAAGCCAAGUCUAGGGUCUGUUUCUCUCCAAACAUCGACCCUAGUGACAAAGAAGCCCUUAGUGACAUCCUUGGCUUCCAACAGACGGAGUGUUUGGGGAAAUACUUAGGCUUUCCUAUCAAGCACAAAGGAAACAGCGGUCAAGAUUUCAACUUUGUUUUAGAUAGAGUGAAGAGCAAGUUGGCGGGGUGGAAGGCUAAUCUUCUAUCUAUGGCAGGAAGGGUGGUUCUAGUUCAAGCAUCUUCAUCAGCUAUUCCAGCCUACAUUAUGCAAAGCAACCAGCUGCCUGCAAGAGUCUUGGAAGGCAUUGAUAGGGUGAACAGAAACUUCUUAUGGGGUUCAGAUGAGAGCAAGGGGAAAAUGCACUGGGUAGGGUGGCAAAAGAUGGUUCUUCCUUAUGAGAUCAUUAAUGAGCUUAAAGCUACGCCCAUUCCUCUAAUUACCAGAGUGGAGGACAAAUUAGCAUGGAAAUUCUCGCCAAGAGGAGGUUUUGAUCUCAAGAGUGCUUAUCUUCUAACCAUUGAUUCCAGAGGGGAUGCUCCUUUCAAAGGCAAUUGGAUCUGGAAAUUAAAGACCAUGCCAAGAAUUCAAGCUUUUUUAUGGAAGUGUAUGCAUAAUAGUAUCAAAGUGAAUCAUUGUUUGAUGGCUAAAGGAGUUCAGGUUGAGGCCGUUGGUCCUCGUUGCCACACAGAAGCAGAGUCCAUCCUUCAUGCCUUGCGUGAUUGCCCUAUAAGCAAGAGGAUAUGGCUGCAGCUAGGUAGACAGACAUCAAACUCCUUCUUUUCUAACCAUAAUUUGCAGGAAUGGCUUAGUUUGAAUGCUAAAUCAGAUCAACAUCACAGCUCAAGUCAUGUUCACUGGUUCCAGGUUUAUCAUUUUGCUAUUUGGAUGAUUUGGAUAGAUAGGAACCAACAUGUGUUUAGGAAUAAAACUCUAAAUCCGAAUUUGGCUAAAGUAAUCUUGGACCGUGCAUUGGAGUUUGGUUUUUGUGCUUGCAAUCAUCUAGCCACUAAAAGGAUGAUCUUGAAGAGUGUAAAAUGGGAGAAGCCGAGGAAUGGUUGGUUGACUCUUAACACGAAUGGGUCGGCAACAGGAAACUCUGGGCUGGCUGGUGGAGGUGGUUUAAUUAGAGAUGGUAAUGGCAAUUGGAUAAUCGGAUUUGUAAGGAAGAUCGGCACUGCUACCAACUUUUUGGUGGAGUUAUGGGCUCUCCGGGACGGCCUUCUUCUUUGUCUGCAAAUUCAAGCCCAAGCUGUCUGUAUUGAGUUGGAUGCAAAAGCCGUGGUGGAUGCCUUCAAUUCCCAAAGCUGCACGAAUACUAUCAUAUCCUCUAUUAUGAAAGAUUGCAAGCACUUAGUUACUCAGAUCCCCCAAGCAAGAGUCAGGCAUGUCUACAGAGAAGCCAACAGAUGUGCAAACUUCUUAGCUAAGCUAGGCACAACCCUUGAGAAUGAUUUUUCUAUUUUUUCUAGUCUACCUGUGGAUUUGCUUACUAUUUUGGAGGCUGAUGUUUAUGGCCGGUCUGUAAACAAGCUUUGUCCUGAUAUUUUGGUUGCUGGUUAG